AUGAUCCGGAGUCAGGGGACUGCCGGCUGCUUGAAGGACCCGGAAACAUUCCCAGACCAGACGAGAGAGCAGGUUUCAUUGCUUGUCUGGGGUUCUGGCCUGGCGCGUUCCUGCACAAGCGCGUUCUACGCGUUCGGAGCAUUUCCGGUUGACGCUACCCCGUGGCGCACCAGCAGCACUGCCUUGACACCAGGAACUCCUAGCACGACAUCGACUCGACUGAGGGCUGGCGAUCCGGUUGGGCCGGAAGCCAUGGGCGGGACACCGUCUAAGUCUUGA